UGUUCUCCUUCAUUCUGCGAGACAAACGCAAACAAAGCGGGCACAAUGAACCAGAAGGUGGUACUCAUCACGGGCUGCUCCUCGGGGAUCGGCCUGGCUCUGGCGGCCCGGAUUGCCAAGGACGAGAAGAAGAGGUUCAUGGUCUAUGCCACCAUGAGAAACCCGGGUAAGGCCGAGCUGCUGGUGGAGGCGGCCGGCCGGACUCUGGGCAGGACGCUGGAGAUCAAGCAGCUGGACGUGUGCAGCGAGGAAUCCAUCAAAGCCUGCGUGGACAGCCUGCCAGAACGCAGGGUGGACAUCCUCAUCAGUAAUGCAGGGAUGGGACUGAUUGGACCCAUCGAGUGCCAGUCUAUCGAUGAGAUGAAGACGGUUAUGGACACCAACUUCUUCGGGCUUGUGCGACUGCUGAAGGAGAUCCUGCCUGAUAUGAAAAAGAGGAAGAAAGGUCAUAUUGUGGUCAUCAGCAGUGUCAUGGGCAUUCAAGGAAUAUUGUUCAAUGAUGUCUAUGCAGCAUCUAAGUUUGCAGUGGAAGGCUUUUGCGAAAGUUUGGCAGUUCAAGCCCUGAGGUUCAAUCUGAACAUCAGCCUAAUAGAACCAGGCCCGGUGAUCACGGAGUUUGAGCGUAAGGUUUACGAAGAGGGCCUGAAGACGGACCUCAGCAAAGCUGAUAAAGUGACUGCGGACAUGUUCACAAACAUCUACCUGAAGAACUACAACCAGAUCUUUGAAACUCUUGGUCAGACAGCAGAGGAUGUAGCAGAGCACACCCACAGGAUCAUCACUAUGGACAAUCCUCCUUUCCGCCAUCAGACAAACACUCUCUACACACCCAUGACCACACUGAAAUAUGCCGAUCCCAACGGAGACCUCCCCAUCGAAACGUUUUACAAAAUGGUGUUUGAACACGACAAAGUCUUCAACGCCAGCCUGAACUUCCUCAAGCUGCUGCGCUGGAGGAGUCGCAAGAGUUUUAGCAUGGAAAAAGAUAAGAGUACCUGAGAGGAUUAGUAACGACACGUCAGAUCUCUUUCUGUGUGUGUGUGCGUGUGUAUACAUGUGUGAGAAAUAUAACCAACCAAAGCUGUCCACAGGUUUAGCUUUAUUUCUGCUGCAAUCAACCGACAUUUCAAAUGGAACAGUCAACUAAAAUAUCAUAAAUUUGAAAGCAAUAAAUCAAUUUC